AAACAAUAUUGUGCAGCCGCAACAAUAAUUUUACUUGGUUCAGGGUUUUGUGCACACAUCCUACAAAAUCAUGCCGGUCAUGAUGGACAAGAGCACGGUUAUUCAGAUGAUGCAGAGCGAUUUUGUUCAAAUUUGUAGGGAAAGGAGUAAUUUAUCAAAGCAAAUGAAAGAUUCCGAGGAAGACGUGAGGGAAUACAUGAAAGAUCUGCUUGCUCAAGUGAAAUCUGGCUCGUUGAUAGUAGUUGCAAAAACUCCAAAUGUUUCGAACAUGAGGAACAUAAGCAGCAGUAUUCAAAUGAUUCCAGAAAAUGAAGAAAUAGAACUCCUCUCAUUGUCCUCCGCUUGCAACAACACAGAGCUCAUUUUGGAAGUAUCUAAUGCUUGCUCUGGUAGAGCAAAAAGAGGAGCAUCCAUAAAGGCGACUGAUAAAAUAAAAAUGCAGCAGUCGAUACACAUAAAUGACAAAUUGAGAAGGCCAUCCAAAGAGGAUGAUGAGUUAUUAACCAGGAAGGAACAAAACACUAAUACAAGACAGGUUAAUGAAUCUGUGGGUGUCAAUAAUGCUGAUAUAAGUUUGGCUGCAAUAAACAAAGAUGUAACAGGCACGCCCAUCGAAAAUACAAACUGCGAGAAAAAACAAAGCAGUGUUAAUUAUGCGACUGUUUUGAUAGAACCCUUGCCUUCCUUCAAAAAGUCGGCGAACCAGACUUUCAUGAUUACAAAUACUGUACUUAAAGAACUUAGUAUGUUGAAUAAUACUAGCCGGAAUAGGUCAGAAACAAGAGUUUCUCAAGAUGAUGGAGCCUCGGCAGGUUUGAAAAAUUCAAGAGGAUCAUCAAAGAGCAUAAUAGUUCUUGAACAAAAAAAACAUUUGAGCCAAGUUAAUCAUCGUAAUACAGAUAAUGCAUUACCAGAAGGACGUCAGUCAUCGCUGCAAAGGCGCAAUGCUACCUCUAAUAAUAGCUUCUUGGUGAGUGAUGUAGAUGAAGUUCAAGGUACUCCACCUAAGCAAAAAGGCUUAAAGUCGAUAUGCGAGGUCAAAUCUGGAUACAAACCAAAGGUACUAUUUAAUCCUUAUGCCCCAAAUUCUGUUAAAAAGAGAGUCCAAGCUUUUGAGGAAGUUGCUGUUAGUCCAAAAAAAGUUGAAACUGGGUGUGUGGCAAAAAAUACUAGAAAAAAUACACGUGCCCUAGCUGAAACUUUUGAAAGCCCUACAGAAGUACAAAGUAUAAGUGAAAAAUGUGAAAAAAAACGUCAACUAAAAGCUAAUCCAUACUGCAAAAGACGUCUCUUGCUUGGACAAAUCUUAACAAGUAAAAAUCACCUACUCACGCCCUCUAAAGCUCAAACUGUCAUUAAUAUCCUUUUAAACAGAUCUUGUGUAGAUAAUGUAACGCGCGUUGACGCGCCCAUUCAAGCAACAAAAUCAUCUUCAAAGUCUGUAAAUAAAGUAUCUGAAGAAAAAAAAAGACACGCCCAUAACGAAGAUGCGCGACAAAAGCGCGAAGCGCUUCUUAAACUCGACGCUGAAGAAAAGAAAAGAAAAAGAGAAGAAAAAGAGUUGAGAAACAAGUUGUCUAGGGAAGCUCAAGAGAAAUUAGAGCUUGAGAAAAGGCUUAAAGCUAAGAGAGAAAAGGAAGAAAAAGCAAAGUUAGCCCAGCAAAUGCAAGACAAACAGAAGGUACUGAUGGAGAGAAGGCGCUUGCUUCAAGUGCAGAGGGCACAGGAGAAAGAAGAGAAGCGAAGACAGGAAGAGCUGAUACGCUUGCAGCGUCUGCAAGAUCAGGAGGAGCAAGAAAGAUUACUUGCUGAACUGAAACGCCAAGAGCAAGAGUUGGAAAAACGAAAGCAAGCAUUAAAAAUGAAAAAUAAGGUGGAAUCCAAGCAGGUCAAGGCUGCAGCAGCGCAAAAGCAAGGGACAAAUUAUCACAAAAUUGAUAGUGUUCCUGCAAACAACACUGACGAUAGGUCGGAGACUCUAUACUUGACUCAAGAAAGUGUGCAGGAAUUGACAGCAUGGCAGAAAUACAUAUCGCCGGAUAUCAGGCUUAAGUAUUUUGGUGUGGAAAAUCGCGAUUAUCACUAUUUCAAGCAUCUUAAUUCCAAGAGAUUGAAAAGAACGUCGAGUGCCUGUUGGGAAAUCCCACUUGAAUGA